AUGGAUGGUGUGGGGCAAGUCACUCAAUGUCAAAUAGGACCAUCAUCAAGCUAUUCAUACGAGUACACUGCUAGUCCUUCUGGAACGUUUUGGUACCACUCUCACAGUGGCGCACAAAGAACAGAUGGCAUCUAUGGAGCACUUGUAGUCCAAGAAAAUAAAACGAGGUUGAACCAAAUCCGAACAGAACUGAACGCUAACUUUCAAGAUCUUCCAGAUCAACACACCUUAACGCUUCUAGACUGGCAAGAGGAGGCAUCUUUAGACCUGUUCACACAGAGCCAAGCAGGCUUGGGCUUUUAUCCAGACAAACCAUAUGGCGAAGUACCUACUCCGUCUGAUCAAAGGUAUGCUAGUACACGUAGUUUUGACAAUGGCGGGACUGGACCUAUCCCCUACUUUUCUGGAAUCAUAAAUGGCAAAGGCAGACAUGUUGAUGUUCCAUACAAAAAAACAAGACUGAGUAUAUUCACUGUUGAGUCCGGAAAGAUAUAUCGCUUUCGGCUCGUAGGAGCCCAAGGGCUUUAUUCUUACAGCUUUUCCAUUGAUGGCCAUAAACUGAUUGUGGUCGGCACCGACGGCUAUUGGAUUGAACCCGAAAAAGAGGUUGAUUACAUCAUGAUCCAUCCCGGAGAGAGAUAUGACUUUCUACUCAAUGCAACAGAGACAAGUAAAGACUACUGGAUUCGUGCAGAGACUAUGGAGAUUAAUCAAAAUGGCCAAGGGCCCCCUUACGAGUCACUAGGACAUGUGGCAGAAGCUAUUUUGCACUACAAACAGGAUGGAGAGUCGCCCGAUCCAAAUGCCGAUGUGCCGUCGCAUAGAUAUGAAGAAAUAAAAAACAGUGCUACUCUCAGAGUGUGCACCAAGGAAAAUCCAUGCAAAGCAGUGAACUGCCCAUUUAAGAAGUUCCAUUCUUCAUACAACAUUACCUGUACUAAUGUAGACGAGCUGCGUUUACUUGAGCCAACUCCACCUGGGGAACUUCCAAAUGCAAACCCUAACAGCCAAUGCCGAAAUUGUACACAUUUCAUCAACUUUAGUUUUGAAGGUGAAUCUCAAACUAGUUCAGUGAACGGGCGAAAUUUUAUUCUUCCUUCCUUUCCACCCCUAACCCAAUAUAACGAUUUUCGAAAAAAAGACACGAUCUGUAACCUUACGGCUGACUGCAAUCCAUCGACACUCGAGUGCUCAUGUGUGAUGGUGAUAGACAUUCCAUAUAACGAAACUGUUCAAAUGGUGUUUUCAUCAAUGGGUGCUUUUCUUAGUGCUCAUCCAAUUCAUCUCCAUGGCCAUACGUUUCAUGUUGUUGCUGUUGGAUAUCCUGAGUAUGACAACAUCACUGGUUUUGUUAAAAAACGCAACAGUGAUAUAUCCUGCGCUGAUGUUAACUGCACUAAAGAAGGGUGUGUCAACGAAAGUUGUACCAGACCAAGCUGGAAGACAGAGCCAAUGAAUUUUGACAUCAAUAACCGCACGAUCAGAAAGGACACAGUAAUGGUCCCUGCUGGCGGUUACGUUGUCAUCAAUUUUCUUUCUGAUAAUCCAGGCCAGUGGUUUCUUCACUGUCACAAAGAAUUGCACCAACUUGAGGGAAUGGCACUAAUUGUCAAUGAGGCUUUGGAGGAGCAGCCCAACCCACCCGACGGCCUGAACAAGUGUGGAGACGUUGAUAUGAGUUAUAAUGAGACUAGUUCGAGGGAAUAACCCUGAUUGCUAAUGAGGAUUUGCAACGCAACUUGCAAUUGAAAGCACCCGAUGGCAUGAACAAGUGUGGACAAUUUAAGAUAAGUCAUAAUAAAACUCAAUCAUAAUUGUCAAUCACAAAGCUAAGACAUUCAAAACUGUUUGAAAAAGGAUAAGUCCCGACAUUUUUAGAAGCUAUUAACCUCAACAAAACUACUAUUUGAAAAAGAAUCCUGCUAAGACCCAUAAUUAAGUAAAUUUUUACAUUAGAGUGGGUCAAAUCGAAUACUCGGUAACAAGUGGGAAGUGUUUUUUGUAUUCUUAGGCUGUACGGGAUUAUUUCAUAACUUUUUAAUCACCAACUCGGUUAUACGUGCAUUUUUUGAAUUUAAAACUAAGUAUGUUAGACUAGUGCGAGACAAAUGUGGGACUAGUACUAGACUAGACAAGUGUGACAUAAUUUGUAAGUAUUUUUUGUUUAUAUAGCCUUCGCUGAGUUAUUACAACAUUUUCCUUAUGAGUA